GAGCGUGCAGUGGUUCUACAUGCCACGUCACUAGAUAAGUUCAUUGGCACAACUAUCAUAAUAGACUCCAUGUUUGUUGCAAGAUUUACUUACAAGUUGUACCUUUGAACUGAUAUUUUGUUUCUACAAAUUGUCAACUAUCGGUUAUUUAACUGGCUCGGCUACACAUGUGACUUACAAAGCCCCCAACCUUGAAUCCCUUUAAAUUCUUUUCACGAUGGCGUCUAAACUCAGCUCAGAUGAAGAUGGCGCUGUUUGUGAAGAAGCCUACUGCGAAUCGAUUACUGACGUCACGUUCUAUGUGAAGGAGAAGAAGAAGCUCUGUCAUGACUGCGCCUUAAAAAAAGAUUGCGUUGGAAUAGCACGAAGAGGUGUACCUAAUCUCUUCUGUGAGAAACACGAGAAAAUCAUGGAUAUGUACUGUAAGACGCAUGGCGAAGUUUUAUGUCUUUCUUGCGCUAUGAUAGAUCAUCAUGAAAAACCUUGUGUACGGCAGGACAUAGAGGACGCACUACGGGAAAACAAAGCAAAGCUCAGCAGCCUUCAUAAAGCAGUGAUGGACAAAUUGGAGCUAUUACGAGUUUAUGGAAUUGAGAUUCAGCAGGGUAAACAAGUCCCGGACGAACAUUUGAAAACUAUUCAGAAUGACGUUGAUUCCGAAAUCGAAGAGGAGAUCGAAAGAGACAGAGCCAAGGAAAAAGAAGAUGCUGAUUUAAUCGACAAGGAGGUUGAUGGGGAAAAUGCACAACAUCAAGAGGAGAUUCGAAAGCUCCAGGAUAAAAUUAACCAGAACAACGCGAAGAGAGAGGAGCGACAUAAUGAAAAUCGUUUAAACGCAGAGAAGAGACGAAAACCGAUAAUUGACAAACAUCUCAUUCUUCAGAAUGACAUUAAGAACAUCGCUCAAGAGAUCGAGAGAAAGAUUGGAGAGCUUGAGAAAUCAUGGCAAGACGACACCAAAUCAGCAGAGAAAGCAAAAGAGACACUGGACAGAAUUCUUGAAGACGAUAAAACUAUUGUCAUAGAUGGACAUCGUGUGCAUGCAUCAGUGAGUGAGGAACUAAAGAAGCAAAUGAAUGAGGGUGAGGUGAAAGAAAUAAAUCGUGUUGUAUCAGGUGUGAGGUUUGUGAAGGGUGUUGGGAGAGAGAAGUAUGAUGGAAGAAUUGAUGGGUAUGAUGGAGAGUGGAAGCUUAUUGAUACAAUCAAUGUCAGAGAUAAAAUCACAUUCCCGUACAUCGUUGGAUGUAAAGAUGAUGAUAAGGUGAUGAUCACAGAUAGGAACUUUGGUGGAACACACACCUACAUGUUAGAUUUGAACAGUAAAACCAUACAGAGAGUGAUCAACGGUAGUGAUACAUAUAUAAUAUCAUGUGCAGUACUGAAUGAUGACAAGGUAGUAUGUGGUAGAUACAUCACAGGUUGUACAGGAGACAGUCUACCUGGGUGCAUCAGUGUAUACAACAGACAGUGGAAUCACAACAAUGACGUCACAAUACCAAGAAACACGACGCGUUCUGAUGUAGCGGUGCGCGUUGCAAUCGAUCAGGAUGGGACGAUCAUCGCUGCUGAAGCGAGUCAGUCUAUGAUAUACGUCAUCAACCCAGCUAAUGAUGAGAUUAUCAAUACCAUCACGUGUAAAGAGGAGAUAGUAAUGCGCGAUGUGCUGUCAUCAGGUCACAUCAUCGCUCAACCCUUACCAAUAGAUCGCAGAGCGCUCAUCAUUGACAGAGAGGGUGAUCAUAGGGAAAUCCCCCACAGUGAUGUCAUCUUGAAUGUGUGUGUUGAUUGUAUGACAGACGACCUCUACGUCGUGACACCAAAUGAUGAGGGUAAGACGUGUGUGAUUGAUCAGGUGAUGAGUAAGGGUGAAAUGAAGAAGAGAAGAGUAGCAUUAUUCCCUUUAUCAACUAGUCUUGAGGAUGCAUUCACUUACCUUGCCGUAUCUCGAGUGAUGAUGACGUUAUCAGGAAAUAUGAUUGCUAGUGAUGGAGAUAAUAUUCUCAUAUUCAAAAAGACAUUCAUCCUCUAGAUUCAUGAUAGAAUACCGAACAAACAAAUGAUUUUGGGAACGAUGCUUUUUAUUACAAAUAUAUGCUUUCAAAUUGAAAAAUAAUGUAAUGAAAACGAAUGAUUCCUUGUAGUUCAUCGUUUCUUUAUGGGUAAGCUUCAUAGUCAUAUUGAAAACCUAUCAGAGUCAUGCUCUUUUAUUGUACACGUUGUUUCAGAAUAUCUUAUACCAGACUACGCCGUCGCCUUGAUGGAUUGAGUAAAUAUUAAUAUUAAUUAUGUCUGCAUAGCAGCUUUUUAUUACUAUACCCAUGUAUAUUUCAUUUUAGUUCAGUUCCAUAUGUAAAACUGAACAGUUAAAAUGCUCCUCAUUUAUGUAAUCAUG